UUGACCUCCGCCCCUUUCCUAAACAAAAUCGAUAACUGUCUGUAACAUGAAGUGUAGCUUAUGCUGCAAGUAUGCGUGGCUGUGUGAUGAUCAGAGACACGAGUCGCUCUGUCGCUCAAGCGCUCUCUCUCCCUCUCGCUCUCUCUCGCGCGCUCUCUCUCUCCCUUCGUCUGUGUCUGUAGAUCGCUGACACUGUCACUCUGUGAUGUUUGUAACUAGAGCACCACUACAAAUUGGAUUCGACUGAUAAAGUUUGUCAUUUAUUUGUCAUUCACUUGGAAGGUGGAAUCAUUCUCGGAUGAAUAAAACAAACAAACAAGUGUUAAACUGUUUUUAAGCAGACAAGAAAUUGCAGCAGUGACGGACUUGAGGUUAGAGAUGAAGGCGGCGAAGACGGUUGAUUAGUAAUGGAUUUAGGGACUGAAUCCGUCCGCUUCAUGCUGAUAGAAGUGUAUUGCACAACCCUAAUACCGGAAUAACGGAAAUACCGAAAAUUGGAGUCAUUUCAAGCCAUAAGGCAUGACGCCGCUCAGGACUCUGUUCAGGAAGUGACCUCAGUGUGACAUCAUGGAGGACGGUUGGCUGCUCCUGUCCCCCCCGCCCAACCUCAGCGAUCCGGUCCUGUACGACAGCGGCUUCCUGCCGAUGUCCAACGAGUCGCAGCCGCACAACAACAACGACACGGACAUGGACGCGGACUUCCAGCGCACCACGGUGGUCAUCACCAUCCUGUACUUCGUGGUGUGCGCGGUGGGGCUGUGCGGCAACACGCUGGUCAUCUACGUGAUCCUGCGCUACGCCAAGAUGAAGACGGUCACCAACAUCUACAUCCUGAACCUGGCGGUGGCCGACGUGCUCUUCAUGCUGGGGCUGCCCUUCAUCGCGCUGCAGCUGGCGCUCGUCCACUGGCCCUUCGGCCUGGCGCUGUGCCGCGUGGUGAUGACCGUCGACUCCUUCAACCAGUUCACCAGCAUCUUCUGCCUGACCGUCAUGAGCAUCGACCGCUACCUGGCCGUGGUGCACCCCAUCAAGUCCACCAGGUGGCGCAAGCCGCGCGUGGCCAAGACCAUCAACCUGGCGGUGUGGGCGGUGUCGCUGCUGGUCAACCUGCCCGUCAUCAUCUACAGCGGGCUGAACAGCAACAAGUCGUGCACCAUCGUGUGGCCCGAGCCGCAGGAGGCCUACUACACCGCCUUCAUCUUCUACACCUUCCUGCUCGGCUUCUUCCUGCCCCUGCUGGUCAUCUGCCUCUGCUACCUGCUCAUCAUCAUCAAGGUGAAGUCGUCGGGCAUCCGCGUGGGCUCGAGCAAGCGGAAGCGCUCGGAGCGCAAGGUGACGCGCAUGGUGUCCAUCGUGGUGGCGGUGUUCGUCUUCUGCUGGCUGCCCUUCUACGUGUUCAACGUGACCUCGGUGACGGGCAGCCUCAGCAGCACGCCGGCGCUGCGCAACACCUUCGCCUGCGUGGUGGUGCUCGGCUACGCCAACUCCUGCGCCAACCCCAUCCUCUACGCCUUCCUGUCGGAGAACUUCAAGAAGAGCUUCCAGAACGUUCUGUGCCUGCGGAGGUCCGCCGGGGCGCUGGAGGAGGUGGAGCGCAGCAACAGUCAGCAGGACAAGUCGCGCAUGAUGAACGACCCCACCGACACCCAGAGCACGCUGCUCAACGGAGACCUGCAGACCAGCAUCUAGCUCACACACACACACACACACACACACAAACACACACACACACACACACACACACACACACACACACACACACACACACACACACACAGCAACAGCCAGCAGGACAAGUCGCGCAUGAUGAACGACCCCACCGACACCCAGAGCACGCUGCUCAACGGAGACCUGCAGACCAGCAUCUAGCAUCUAGCACACACACACACACACACACACAUACACACACGCACGCACGCACACACACACAAUCAGCAAUCACUCGAGUAUGGAUGGAUAGAUAGAUAGACAGAAAGACAGACACACAAACACAGACACACACCAUCACUCAGAGUCCUCCUUGGGGAUGGGGUUGUUAUGGUGGAUCUACAGGUGGCUCAUGUGGCCAAGUCUGGAACACACACACACACACACACACACACACACACAAAGACAAUCACACCAUCAGCGAUCACUCAAAUUUGAGUAUGGAUUGAUAAACAGACACACAGACAUUAACACAAACACAAACACACCAUCACUCAAGUAUGAAUUGAGUAUGAUGGUCCUCUUUGGAGGUGAGGUUGUUAUUGUGGAUCUUCAGGUGGCUAAGUGGCCAAUUCUGGAACACACACACACACACACACACACACACACACAUAUGCUGUGAACAGUAUAUUACAGGACAUUGUGGCAUACCAGUCGCCACAGACAGAGGUAUACACACAUGUAGAAAAACAAAGCUGAAUGUUGAGGUUGUUAGUUCAGAUCAGAUAAUCGGGAGAAUAAAUUAGGCACGCCAUGUUAAACCAUUAACAUAUGAGCGUCUACAGAUGGGUGGCCCUGCCCCCUCGGCUGCCUCUGAUGUGUGUGUGUGUGUGUGUGUGUUUUAUCCAUAAGGGGGGUGGCAUGCGUGCGGAUCCAUGAUGUGUGUGUGUUUUAUCCAUAAGGGGCAGUGGCAUGCGUGCGGGUGUGUGACCUUUCCAUAGGGUAGCCGACGAGGCUCAUGAUCACCUCCCUAAUCCCCCACAGCCUUCUCAUUAGCAUACAGAUGAGACACACACAUGGACACACACACAGUCAAACUCACACACACACAUACACCAACUCACACACGCGCACACACACACACCCUUAGACUGUCCUUAUCUAUCUCUCUCUCUCACUCACACUCAAACACACAAACACACUGUGCUAACCUUUCCAGAGACCCUAUUUUAUUUCCAUAGAGAUGAGAGCGCAACACACUCACACGUCGCUGGCUCGUAGAGACCUUCCAUUUCAACAGAAAUGUGCGCGUGUGUGUGUGUGAGAGAGCGAGAGACUACUGUUGUUAUUCAUGACAAACACUCGGACCCGCUCCCCUCUCCAUCUCAGCGACCUCCUCAAAUGUCAGACAAUAUACUCACUUACGGACGCGCACAGACAACUGCCCAUGCGGUGGACGUGCACUCACCUUUGUUCUUAUUGUCUUCUUGUUUUCUUUACGGUCUGAUUAGAGUACGUGACUACGUGCUGCUGUCACUGCAUAGCAGCUUCAUCAUGAACUCUGGAGGGUGUGUAGAUGACAGACAUCCACCGUGACCCCACCCUGACCCCACGUGUCGACCCUAAGAUGAUGAAAUGACCCCAUGUGUACCCCCUAAGAUGAUGAAAUGUGCGUGGUCACUCGGACCCGUGGAGUCUGGACUCGGACACACAGAAACAGAAGUGCUUAACAGACACCAGAGCCCCAUACGCCAACCACCUCCACCACCACCACCAGGAGAAAAUGGCCACGCAGCUGAGCCCAGUGAUGUCUGGGAGUGGGCUGAGUGGGAUAUGUGUGUGUGUGUGUGUGUGUGUGUGGCAGGUGGAUGGGAGAGCAAGCCCUGUUGCCAUCACUAGUUCAGCCCCGCCAACCCAGAGAGGACCCAGACACUGUCUGGACUCAGAGGAGCAGACAAGGCAGACACAACACACACAGAGGAACGUGAGGUGUGAACACACACAGAGGAACGUGAGGUCGGCUGGUUGGCUGACGGUAUAUUAAGUUCUUGAUGGGAUUUGAGGUCCGGUGGUGGGAGGUGGUGAGGCUGUCUUGAGUCCAAGGGCAGCCAGUCGAAUGUAUUCAUUUGUGUGGGUGUUGUAUUUUGUGCUGGACUAAUGUGAAUUUCUCUGUACAGACUUUUUUUUUCAUUUUCUGAUGCCAGGAACCAUUAUUGCUUGUAAACCCUGUUCAUGUUUUGAGUUGGUAUGUAUGUAUGUGUGUGUGCGUGUGUGUGUGUGAGUGUGUGUAUGAGUGUAUUUUCCGCAUGAACGUGGGCAUGUGUUAUUUGAAUUGCUCUUUAGUAUUAUGGAAUUCUACAUUUACUAUGGAAUUACUGCCGUACAGACCAUGUCAGAGUAUUCUGCUCUUCUCUCCGUUGAACCUCCUUACCAGAGCGAGUGAGAGCAUCGUGGGUCCAUCACUAACCAUCCUGCUGCUAGCCUGUGUGUGUCCAUGUGGAAGGCCUACCUUUGCCCUCUCCAUUCCCCUGGCCCCCUCACCUGCUCAUAUGCAGAGGUGGAGAAGUCCUGCUUCAGAAAAUAAAAAGUCCAACCACGUAUUGGAUCUACCUGUGCACUUAACACAGGUGAUUUCACCAAUUAGCUGCUCUACCUGGCUGAAGAGUUGUUGCGAAUUAGAAUCAGCUGGUUUAAGUGAAUGGUUGGACUUCCACUUACUUCCGAAGCUUUUCCACCCCUGAUCAUACUGUAUGUCCAGUCUCUCUGACUGCCUUCUUCACCCAACCAGACGCUAUAUAACCCACGUCUUAAGUCUGAGUGAAAGUGACCUCUGCUGUUUACACCAGUUUUACUUGCAGUAUUUAUUAGUGUUAUCGUCUGUGGAGAUGUGAAGAAGGUCAUGCUAAAAUGGCUCAUCACAUGUCUGCGGAGUCGUAUAUCCCCACACCUCCCCAAGAGGCGUAACUCCACCUUAGAAAUGACAGCUCUGGAAUGUUCCAGGGACCUGUUCUGCGACAGGUGUUCUUUUGGGUUCUAAGGGAGAGGUCAAGGAUCAUAUUGCUUUGACGUCUACAUAUGCACCCCCCUCCACACACACACACACACUUCAUGGGCUGUGCAUUUAUAAUACUGUACAUACUGUAUAUGAGUACAGAUCAGUCUAGAUGAGCAGGAACAGAUAUGAGUGGAAAUGACAGAUGCAACAUUAUUCUGUCAGACCAACGAGAUCUGUUCAUUUGUAAUGAGUUGGGUAUAUUUACAUGCCACAAAAUACACGACUUGAUUCUACUCGAAAGACUAGAUUCACUGCUGGAUGAAGUCCCCGCUAAGACGUGGACUUUAGGAUGUCUGGGACUUUGCCAGUGAAUGCUGGCGGUGUAAUUGGGAUCAAAUGCGCGUUGAGUCUUGUCAGGUCUGCCGUCUGGCGCUGACCCAGAGUGGCCCUGCGCUGCGCUGCUUUGCGCCUGCGUGCGGACAGGACAGGGCUCUGUUUGGAUAACCUUCGGGACAAACAUUGCCAACCCUCCGUGGAGUCACCACUGCAGGGGUAUGUAGGUGAAAUGGCACAGCAGGGUGGGUGUGUGUGUGUGUGUGUGUGUGGGGGGGGUCGUCUUCAUUCACCAAGGUCAGUGCAACCAUUACACAGUGGCCAUGACCAGUGAUCCCUACCACAAUUGGGUAAAAAGUGUAGUUGAUUAAGGGUGUGUGCGUGUGUAUGUAUGUGUGUUGUUCUGAACUGGUGUUCAUGCAACAACAGAAGUGUGCAUGACAGAAUGUGUGUUCUCCUACAUGAAGGAGAGGGAGAGAGAGAGAGUGUGUGAGUGUGUGUGCUUGCUUGAUAUAUCUUCUCUUUCUCACUGGUAAUUUGAGAAGGGCUAGAGUGUGAGUGCCCCAGUAGGGCAACAUACUCCUACUCACCAGACUCCCUCCACAACACACACACUCUCAGACAAACGCAAUCACACACACACACACACACACAUAAUCUCAUACGCACACAUGCACAAACGCAGUCACAGACACACACACACAAACACAAUCACACACACACACACACACAAACAUAAUCUCAUACGCACACAUGCACAAACACAGUCACAGACACACACACACAAACGCAAUCACAGACACAUACACAAACACAAUCACACACACACACUUCCCUCUAACGUGCCUUCAUUGAGUAGUUUCAUGUGUUUGUCUGGCUGUGUUCAACGCUGAGAGCUUGUGUCUGCAUGUAUAUGAAUAGGCUUCUGUCCAUGAAAACACAGUUACAGUCCCUCAGGUGGGCAUUUUCUAUUUCUCUGUUGUAGGAAGUAUUGUUUGUGAGUCAUCAUGCCAUAGAGUAAAGCAUUCCUUUUCCAAACACACACACACACACACACACACACACAGUUCGUGUCUGAAGUCCUCAUGCACAGACUGCUUUUAAAGAUGCUAUCAAAACACAUCAUCUUCAUAAGUGUUCAAUUUAGAGCUCCUUGUUCCCAGUCAAAACAGGUUACUUUCCCGGAGGCAGCCAAGGCUGUACAACAGGGUGUGUCCAUCCAUUCAUUUGUAGACUUCCACUCCUCAGAGCCAACUCUCAUGUGUGCAUCCCUCUGCUGAUGUGCUUCAUUUGUACAUUUGCUUCUACAUCUGGGAAGCCUGUGCGCAGGCUGGACUAAAUAAGAGAAACACGGCAUGGGAAGUUUUCGAGUUUUGUGUGUGUGCACUUGCUCCUGCUGCUCGGAUCAGUUUCACUCAGCUUUGUGAACUGCAGUCAUUCGAGUCGUCUAUUGAAGCGAGAAAGCUGUCCGUGUUAGUGGCUAAAUUCGGCGUGACUAACUGUGACACUACAGAUUUCCAGUGAUGGCCAUGUGGGAUCGUAACCUGCUCCAGGGCCAUUCUCCUCAACAGCUGAGCAUGCUCUAGUCCCCAGAGAUACGGCCAUGGGUGCCUCUCAAACCCGAGGCUCGUUCCCAUCUAAAUUAUAACACUGGAUAGACUAUCCCAUUGUUGCCGCCCCAUCAUUCUUCAUCAAGAUCAGUGAGGACGAGGAUCGAGCGAGGAAGGAAGGGAGGGUGUAUAAACCACCAAAUGAGAGGCACCCCACGUCAUCCUUAUGUAGCCUUGUCUCUUCUGCUCCACAGCGAAAUGCAGUAUAUUGCUGAUGGCUUAGGCUUGCUGUUUGCUCAUGUGCUGAUGCUUUUGUAAUAAGGUGGCUUUUUAAAAGUCUUGUUUGACACUGCUCUCAUUUCUAAUGAAUUGUUUGGUUUGUUCAUUAAAGAUGUAAGUGCAUGCUUAGUGUCCCUCCCCGCUUACUGUAAUGUGUUUAAACUGUUCACAUCAGAUCUUGAAAUCACUCGUUUGGCGACGCCUCGAGUUCUUUUGUACAGCAUUAAAUUACAUUAUUUAA